GAAUUCCACCACCAUUGUUGCUUUUUUCAAGCUCUCCAUUAUCAUCUAUAUUUGAUUGGUUUUGCCAUUUUUGGAUGAAGAAGAAGGGACUUUGACUUCCUUUUUUUUGCAGAAGAAUAAUUGGUGGAUUGUUUCUGCAAUCGCUGAAUUUACAUUUGAAAAAAAGGAACGAAAAAUCUUAUGGUUUCUGCCCUUCUCUUCUCCCUCUCUUUUCUGGUUUGAAUUUUCCGUCAGAAGUCACCAUUUCUGCAAACUCCGUUGUUGAAAUUUUAACCUAAAUUGAUGCAACGAGUGGCUGUUUAUUUGAUUUAAUCGAGGAAAAGAGGAAGGUUUGUUGUACAAAAUUUUUAGUUUCCAGCUAUGGCGACGACGAUGAGUGCGAGCAACGCCGGCACAGAAAUGCUUACAUCGGGGGCGAGCGGGAGGAUUACGGCGUUGUUUUCUCCCCACGCGUUGAGGAGUUUAUGGCUUCUGAUUAACGCCUGGUUAUUAAUUUUGCUGUUGCCGUUCCGCGGAAGGCGGCGAAGCGUCGCGGUGGCGGAUUCGGCGGAGAGGAUCGAUUGCGGUGGGAAAGAUGAGAAGCAGCAGUUCGCGACGCAGGGUAAGGUGGUUAGAGUGCCGGCGGCGAUGGUGCCGAGGAAGAGCGUCGUCGACAAGGAGGUCGCGGCGCGGCGAGCGUUGGCGAUUAAGCGAGUGCUCGAUGAUCAGAACGACGAAGCUACGAAGGAUACAUGGAGAGAUUAUUCUCUGUUUUCCACUUCCAGAGGCGACACUCUGUUCACCCAAUCCUGGACUCCGGCGAGGAAUCGAAUUAGGGGAGUGGUUCUCAUCCUCCAUGGCCUGAAUGAACACAGUGGUAGAUAUACUGAUUUUGCAAAGAGACUGAAUGCAAAUGGCUUCAAGGUUUACGGAAUGGAUUGGAUCGGCCAUGGAGGAAGUGAUGGCUUGCACGCGUACAUUCCCUCACUCGAUUAUGCCGUUAACGACAUGAAACUGUUUCUCAACAAAAUUCUUGCCGAAAAUCCAGGAAUACCUUGCUUCUGCUUCGGACACUCGACCGGUGGCGCCAUAAUCUUGAAGGCAUCCCUCGAUCCAAAAGUCGAGCAACGUAUCGCCGGCGUAGUCCUUACAUCCCCUGCAGUCGGCGUUCAGCCAUCCCACCCUAUCAUCGCGGCUCUCGCCCCGGUCUUCUCCCUCUUGCUGCCGAGAUACCAAUUCAAAGCGGCAAACAAGAACGGCGUAUUCGUCUCGCGGGAUCCGGCAGCACUGGUGGCUAAAUACUCGGAUCCUCUCGUAUUCACGGGCUCCAUCCGAGUACGCACUGGCUACGAAAUCCUCCGAACCACGGCCUACCUACAGGACAACAUCUGCAGACUAACAGCCCCGUUUUUCGUCCUCCACGGCACCGCCGAUUCGGUGACUGAUCCCGAAUCCUCCGUGAAGCUCCACAGGGAUUCGCCCUCGACGGACAAGACGAUCGAGCUCUGCCACGGCCUGCUUCACGACCUUCUGUUCGAACCGGAGAAGGAAGAAAUCAUGCAGAGCAUUGUUUCCUGGUUGAACAGCAGAGUGUGUUGAAUGAGCUGUAGGGAAUGAAUGAAUGUGGUCUUCGUCAAUAAGUCAUUGUUGUAAAGACAUUCAUCGACUGUAUGUGGAGAUCUUUUGUUGUCUGUAUUGUUUUGUUUCAUGGCAGCAAAGAUGGAGAAAGAAAGAAACCGUCAGCUGAAAAAGCGUGUUUAGUGUAAGAAAAAGCGUCGUGACGAGAAAUGCGAUUCUUUCACCGUUUGUACGAUUUACGGUUUCGCGUUACUUGAAAUGCGACUUGAAUUAACCUUUAGUAGCUUAUG